AUCGGUAAAGGCACAAAGUGGCUACACCUUGCUCCGGAGGCGACGGACUAAAAGGGAAAAAAAGAAGCCCAAGUCAAGACCCUUUCGACAUGCCAAGGCAAUACCUAGCCAGGCAAUACUAGUACGCAAGACAGGCAAACUGCUUGUCUACAUUGAGUCCUUGUCCAAUGACUUCCUGCUAGAGCAUCAUCGUGUCAAGCCAAAGUGUGACAUAACGAUAAGGUUAAGAAUAAAGUUACCCAGCCUGCACACUUUAGUGCCACAGAACUAUUAGAUAAGCAAGAAGAUGCAGGCCCACUUCCAUAAGGCAAUGCACCAUGAAACGAUGUCCUGAUAGGCAAAAAAGUGGAAAUACCAAAAAUAAAGCCCAAAAAGAGUCCGAUACUUGGUUCAAUAACGUCCCCUAGAAGGCCAGAAAAUUAGGUGCAGCAACAGAAGUUCAUUCGCAAGAAUGCCACUCAUACAAGUUGAUCAGACAAAUGGAAAGCAAAGAGGCAUUGCCAUCCUGCUCAUUGUCUCUUGCCUCCUCAAAGCAACGAGUGCAGAGUGCCCAAGUGCAUGCUUCUGUGACAGUGAAAGCCAGUAUGUCAGCUGCGUCGGGGACAGUGUGUCACAAGCACCGCAGGACCUGCCCAGAUCGAGUGAGAGGCUCGAACUACGGAACUUUGCCGUAGAUGUGCUAGUGCAGCACCUACUCAGCGAAGUGCCAGCUCUCAAGGAACUGAAGCUGCAGCAAAGUAGAACAAGGGGAAUCGAAGAUGGAGCCCUGGCUGAGCUGGCUCUGCUGCAAAGACUUGACCUGAGCCAAAACUUGCUGGAGAAUCUGACAUCGGGAACGUUCAAAGGACUGCAGCAACUCAAGUACCUUGACCUGUCCUCGAACCAACUGGCACACAUUGAUGGUGCCUUUUCUGGCCUGGGCAACCUGGAGCAGUUGAAUCUUCACAGCAACCUGCUCACACAGCUAAACACCUACACAUUCAUGGGCCUACAGCAGAUCCAGUACCUGAACCUCGACUCGAACCUCAUCUCGAGUGUAGAAGUGGGUGCCUUCCAGAACCUGCCAAAUCUUGGACACCUCAUUCUCAGCAACAAUCCACUCACAAGCCUCUCUCGUCUCAAUUUCUUUGGCUCGCACCUGCAGUACAUUGAUGCUUCUCAGGUCGGGCUUGAGCGCAUACCGCAAAGCCUCACGCGCUAUGUUCGAGACCUCAGGCUCAGCCGCAACAACAUCACUCACAUAACUCUCGGUGACCUGGACAGCUAUCCACACCUCAGCUUACUUGUGCUUGAUGACAAUGCCAUCGAAGACGUGGAAGAUGACGCGCUUGGACAACAGGAGUACCUCACCAGGCUUUGGCUAAACGGCAACAGGCUUACAAGAGUGCCAAUGAACCUGCCACAAACACUAGUUGCUCUGUACAUAGAGGAGAACUUGAUAACUGAGCUGCCAGCCAAUAGCUUUCUUGGACUGACAAAACUGGAGCAAUUGUUUUUGCAGCGAAACCAAAUCAGGAACAUUUCAGAGAGUGCCCUGAGUGAUCUCGCAAACCUGAAGACCCUCGACCUACAGGCAAACCUCAUACAAUGUCUGCCCAACCACGUUUUCAGCAAUCUUGGCAAUGUGCAGACACUCGACAUAUCUCAAAAUCUGCUACAGUUACUGGAGCCCCAGUGCUUUCAAGGACUUGAUGCACUCCAAACACUGCAGAUGUCCCGAAUAGUCAACAAAGUGGAGUUCCAAGAAUACGUCUUUGAUCCGCUGAAGAUGCUAACGAAGCUUGAAAUGUAUGACAGCAGCGAGCUAGUGGCCGAUAUAAUCAGGUCACCAAGAACGCUGCAUGGCUUAAGAAAUGUCCAGGAGCUGAACAUCAUGCACAAUAAGCUCACACAUUUGAGGCCAGAUUUCCCUUCUUUCUUCCCCAAACUGAAGGUUCUCAAAGUGGGAGGCAACACGUUUCACUGUGGCCCUGAAGUGCGGUGGUUCUCAGAAUGGAUAAAAACCUCGAGCAUCCAGUUUUACAGCAGCUACAGCAUAAGAUGUGCAUCCCCAUUCACGCUGCAAUUCAAGCCUGUCAUGUUGUUAAAGGAGGAAGACUUUCUUGAGAUCACCACACAACGCGCACCAGUGCCUCAAGUCAGAGGUGCUACUUUGGUCAAAAGAGUUCCCCUGCCAAACGUCCCAGAACAAAUCACUAAAAGACCAACAGCAGAUAACACCACUGCACCUUUAACACUAAGAAGCAUUUCCACGACAAGAACAAGUUUAAGAGCCGCUGAGACAAACACAGUUGCGUCGAGUAAUCAGACAAGCAUUUUUCCAGCUGACAGCGGCACAGCUCUUGAGAACGCUGAAGAUUUGUUUCAAGCCCCACAGACACGAGAAGCUCUGAAUAUCACUUCACAAAUGGCAGGUGACCAGAAAGCAAGCAAUGGAAGCUUAGUAGCUCACCUCAAAAGUAAUGCAACAUUUGCAACAGACAGCAGCAUUACUGACGGCUCAAGUAACGUUACUAUUCCUACAGUGAUCACUGAGCACACCAUGAUGACGACGCUGCACUACAUCUGGCAACUCCCCACAGCUGAAAUAACUGUUCCAGCUCCCUCAUUGUCACAAAACAACCACACUUCUUUGUCCUUCAAUGCGCCUCAAAGCUUACUGCUUGUACCACCAGUGGCUGAAAAACAACAGCAAGAGCCAAGCUCUGAAGGAAACUCCACUGUCACUUCAAGAGUCAUUACUGGCUGCAGCUUUUUGCUCUUCGUUGCUCUCGUAACCACAGUGUUUAUACUGCAUGCACGCCGCAACUGCAUGGGCUGCCGUGAACGGUAUGCCCGGAUCCAGCGGAGCAGCAGCAUCUCUUACCGUCCUCAGCACGACGAGGUGAACAUCUUGACUGUGUCAGAGGGUACGGUUGAUGCAAGGACUAGCGUGCAGCGCGGCAUUCGAAACAAGCUUUACUUCGCAGUCGACAGUGGUGGUCCUCACGAUGUGUCCAAUGAACCGCAUUUACAAGAACUGAUUCCUCGCUCCUUGAGUGACAGUGAGUGGUGCAGUGGUCACGUGUGUAUAUAAACUUGGACGUCUACUGCGAUAUGGUAUUUGUGACCAUAAGUAGAUACGCAAAGACUGUGACUACCAACGGCCACAUACACCAAAUGUGUGCUUUGCAAAAGCAGGCUUAGAUUCUGUGCCAAAGAUAUAGUGUAUCUCAGGCAGCCUGGCCUUCUACGUUUUUGAAAAAACUUUCAUGACACAGUUAGGGCGAGCUGGCUGUGUGACCAUGACAGGAACAACAGUGCUUGUUAAAAGUGGGCCUCCAGCUUUUUAAAAUUUGUGUGCAUGGACGUGCGCAAAGAGCUUGAUGAUUCCAAAAUUUCAGGAGACAAACUCACAAGGUUCCAUGAAGUGAGCUAUGAAAUUCGACUUAUAGUGAGUGUGAGCGUGAGGAUACAUAAACACAAAGCAUGUAUUUUUGUAAAAGAAGAGAAUUAUUUGGCAGCAUGGUAUAUUACAAUGCUCCUGUCUACUCGUUUCCUUCUAUCAUGCAGCGAAUGUUUAUACAUGUUGAAUAAAGUGUCUACUCAAAGCUUU